UCCUGCUUCUCUCUUUCUCGAUUUCUUCAUUAUUGGUAUCAUGAUGUUUAACGUUGGUAAGUCCAGACUGUCUACAGAUCCCUUCCUCUCCCCCCGCAGAUUAACAUCCUGUAGUCUACGCUUUGGGUGAAUUGGCGGUCAUGUACCCCGUCUCGGGUGGUUUCUACACUUACUCGGCGCGUUUCAUCGAUCCUUCUUGGGGGUUCGCUAUGGGCUGGAACUACGUCUUCCAAUGGGCCAUUGUCGUUCCUCUCGAAUUAACAGUAGCUGGCCUUACAAUUAAUUAUUGGCAUGUCGAUGUAAGCGUAGGAGUUUGGAUCACCGUCUUCCUCGUGGCUAUCAUUGUCAUCAACAUCUUCGGUUCUCUGGGUUAUGCAGAAGAAGAGUUCUGGUCCUCCAUGCUCAAGCUGGGUGCGAUCGUCGUCUUCAUGAUCAUCGCCUUGGUUCUUGUGUGUGGUGGUGGCCCCAAGGGCCACCUCUACGAUGAAUACUGGGGUGCGCGCAAUUGGUACAACCCUGGUGCUUUUCGUAACGGUUUCAAGGGCUUCUGUGCCGUCUUCGUCACAGCUGCUUUCUCCUUCAGUGGAACUGAGUUGGUCGGUCUGGCCGCUGCCGAGUCCAAGACUCCUACCAAGUCCUUGCCUGGUGCUGUGAAGCAAGUCUUCUGGCGUAUCACCCUCUUCUACAUUGUCGGUCUCACCUUCGUCGGGCUCCUAGUCCGCUCCGAUGACGAGCGUCUCCUCGGGAGCGGUGGCCUAAUCGAUGUCCAAGCCUCUCCCUUCGUCCUCAUUGCCGCCGACGCCGGUCUCAAGGGCUAUGACUCCUUUAUGAACGUCGUCAUUCUCAUCUCCGUCCUCUCCAUUGGUGUCUCCGGUGUCUAUGGUGGUUCCCGUACCCUCACUGCCCUCGCUGAACAAGGCUACGCCCCCAAGAUCUUUGCCUAUGUUGACCGGUCUGGUCGCCCGCUCUUUUCCGUCGCCGCUCUGAUCGCCUUCGGUCUGCUGGGGUACAUCAACCUGGACGCUCAGGGUCCUACCGUCUUCACCUGGCUGCAGGCGCUCUCCGGUCUCGCCGCGCUCUUCACCUGGGGCUCCAUCUGUCUGGCGCACAUCCGCUUCCGCAAGGCUUGGGCUUACCACGGUCACACUCUCGACGAGAUCCCCUUUCGCGCUGUCGGUGGUGUCUACGGUUCCUACAUUGGUCUCUUCCUCGUCUUCAUUGUCUUGGUUGCUCAGUUCUUUGUUGCUAUUGCACCCCCAGGCGGUGGCCUUAACGACGCAAAAGGUUUCUUCGAGACGUACCUCGCCCUCCCUGUUGUGCUGUUCUUCUGGGCCAUUGGUUACCUCUGGAAACGCGAGGGUUGGCUCCGAACCCACCAGAUCGAUGUCGACAGCGGUCGCCGUGACGUCGACUGGGAGUUUAUCCACGCUGAGCGCGCCCGAGUGGCCGCCCUGCCUGCUUGGAGGCGUGUUCUCAACCUUAUUAUCUAAUUACGCCAAACAAAGCCAGUCUCAGUUCUUAUGCAACACUAUGAAUGGCAUAAGACAGUUAUUACUUCACUACAAGACAGACUGAGAUAUGUGAUAUUAGCAAAUCUAUGAUUCUACUCAUUCAAAUCAUUGUACUCCUAUGAAAAACCUUUGUUAUUUACUCACUGUGACCAACCACCACCACAUCACGUUC